CAGUUCGCGUGCGCACCUUACCCUGGUCUUUUGACAACGUUGUUUGGAAUUCUGACACGUCAAACAGACCACCGCAACGUUAGAAUGCCUGAACAACAAGGAGAGACUGAUGAAUUGUUUGACGUUAAAACACAAUUUUAUAUUGGAAACUACCAAUCAGCCAUCAAUGAAGCUCAGAAGUUGAAGCUGAACAAUACCCUUCAAAAACUUGAACGUGAUGUAUUCGUCUAUCGAUCUUAUAUUGCGCUGAAGAAGUAUGGAGUUGUCAUAAAUGAAAUUCAUGGAGCUUCUCUGGAAGAACUUCAACCAUUAAAACAACUUGCAGAGUAUUUAUCUCAGCCUAGUAAGAGAUUUUUUUUCCUAAGGGAAUCAAUAGUUCUCAAACUUGACCAACAAGUAUGUGGGAAUAUAGAUGUCAAUAACCAUGUCUUUCUCCUUGUUGCAGCAACCAUAUACUACAAUGAGAGUAACUAUGAAACUGCUCUUAAAGUGCUGCAUCAGUCAGAUAAUUUGGAAUGUCGGGCUCUUAUGCUUCAAGCUCAGUUGAAAAUGGAUCGUGUAGAUCUUGCAAAAAAAGAAUUGAAAUCCAUGCAAGAAAUUGAUGAUGAUGCAAUUUUGACACAACUAGCUUCUGCUUGGGUUAAUCUUACUGUGGGUGGGGAAAAGCUGCAAGAAGCCUAUUAUACAUUUCAAGAGCUUGCAGACAAAAAUACACCUACUGCAUUGUUGUUGAAUGGUCAGGCUGCUUGCUGUAUUGGACAAAGCAAAUAUGAAGAAGCAGAAUCUGCGCUUCAGGAUGCCCUUGAGAAGGAUUCCAACAACACAGAUACACUAGUGAAUCUUGUUGUACUCAGCCAACUUUCUGGCAAGACCCCUGAAGUCUGCAACCGCUACCUAAGCCAAUUGAUUGAUACUGCGCCUGAACAUCUAUUCGCCGUAGAAUUCCAGGCUAAAGAAAAAUAUUUCGAUUUGCUCGCUAAGCAAUUAGUAUAUUCAAAUUUUCUAUCAGAUCGUUAAAUACACAUACUACAAGAGGUUGACAGAAGCUAUGUUAGCACAAGCAAAACCAACAGACGCGGGGCUCGUUAAUUUCUUAAACCAUUCAAAACACACAUUUUAUCGGUACUAUCUUUAUCCUUGUAAUUAAUAUUAUUGAAAGACUAGUGUUCCGAAAAGAUAUUUUGUCUUGGAACCGGAACGUCUACUUAUCAAUAGCAACAGAAGACGACACAGAAAUACAGAAAUAUUUGUACAAUU